UGAGCUGGCGGCGGCGGUUGUAACGGCCCUGCCCGCGGCGGCCUUGAGGGAGGAGAGAGAGAGAUUUCAAUGGAACAGCAGAUUGAAUGAAUGCUAGUCUUCAUAUUUGGGUGAUGGAUGAAUUCCAAGAGCAUACAAGUGACUCUUUCCUGGUCUGUGUAAUUUAAGCAUAAAAACAUGUUUAUGUAGGAAACUGAAAGUAGCAUAGCAAAAGUACUGAUGGGUAAGAGAAAGGAAGAAAGUAUUUCAAAGCCUGGAUCCCAUAAAAGGCAGAGACAAGAAUACACAGAUGAACAUAGUGAUGAGUCUAAUGAAGAAGAAAAUUCACAGUCGUCAGCUGAUAGUAAUUUCUCUUUACUGUCGACUGCAGGGGAAGUUGGGAUAAUUGAAAGUAUCCAGCUGAAGAACUUUAUGUGCCAUUCAAUGUUAGGGCCUUUUCAGUUUGGAUCAAAUCUCAAUUUUGUUGUUGGAAACAAUGGAAGUGGAAAAAGUUCUGUAUUAACUGCUCUUAUUGUUGGACUUGGUGGAAAAGCCACUGCAACUAAUAGAGGUUCCUCAUUAAAAAUGUUUGUACGAGAUGGAGAGACUUCUGCAGAUAUUUCCAUAACAUUGCGAAACCAAGGUAGAGAUGCAUUUAAACCAGAAGUGUAUGGUGGCUCUAUUAUUGUGAAUCAGCACAUUAAUCUGGAUGGAAGCAGAAGUUAUAGACUGAAAAGCAAAUCUGGGACCUUAAUUUCUUCAAAGAAAGAGGAACUCGUAGGAAUACUGGAUCACUUUAAUAUACAGGUAGAUAAUCCUGUGUCUGUUUUAACCCAAGAGAUGAGUAAGCACUUUUUGCAGUCUAAAAAUGAAGGUGACAAGUACAAGUUUUUUAUGAAGGCAACUCAGCUGGAACAAAUGAAAGAAGAUUAUUCAUCUAUUAUGAAAACUAAAGAAAAUACAUGUAUUCAGAUAGAACAAGGAGUAGAGCGUCUUCAAGAACUUAAGGAGCUUUAUUCUGAAAAAAAGGAACGUUACAAAAGCAUUGGGUUUGUAAAUGACAUGCGAAAUCAUCUUGAAGAUUUGAAACAUAAAAUGGCGUGGGCAGUGGUAGGUGAGAUGGAAAAAGAAAUACAGCCAAUCAAAGAAGGCAUCAGAGCCGAAGAAGGAAAUACAGAGAAGUUUGUUCACAAGCUAGAAGAAUGCCGGGUAAAAGUGAAUGAAGCAGAAGAAAAGUACAAAACAAUACAAGAGAAGUUAAUAACAAUAAGUGAAGAAGCACAAGCCCUACAUCCUCAGUGUAUUUCUUUGAAGGCUGAUGUGCAGGCAAGAAGAAAAGCAGUCAAUGAAGCUGAGGUGCUUUAUAAUCGUUUCAAAACUGAGUUAAAACGUCUGGGAAAAGACGAUGAACAGCUACGUAAACGAAUUGAAGAACUGAAAAGCAGUGCUAAUCAGGUUUCAGAGCCUGAAAAAUUGGAAAGACAAAGGAAAAUCGCACACUUAAGGGAACAGUUAAAGGCAUUCCAUGAUGAAGAAAUAAUGAUUGGUCAACAGGUGGAUCAGUUUCAGCAGGCUAUAUAUAAGUGUGAGGAAGAACAUGCUAGACUUAGGAGAGAAGACUGUGAUGCGAAACAAGCACUGGAUGCCAAGCAGAAACAGCUGAGAGAGCUGAAAGAUAGUAAAACAAAUACGUUGAAAAGGUUUGGACCACAUAUACCAGCAUUUCUUGAAGCAGUUGAAACAGCCUAUAGGCAAGGGCACUUCAAACACAAACCUGUCGGACCUUUAGGUGCUUUCAUUCAUCCAAAAGAUGCUGAACUGACCUUGGCUGUUGAAUCUUGUUUAAAGAGCCUAGUUCAGGCAUUUUGCUGUGAUAAUCAUAGUGAUGAAAGAAGUCUUCAGCUACUGAUGUCAAAAUAUUAUCCACAUGGAUUUAGACCUCAAAUAAUUGUAAAUAAAUUUCAGAGUAAAGUUUAUGAUGUUAGACACAGAGGAGUUCAUCAUCCAGAAUUCCCAUCAGUUCUCACAGCACUGGAAAUAGAUCAUGCAGUGGUUGCCAAUUGCUUGAUUGAUGUGCGCGGUAUAGAGACAAUCCUGCUGAUUAAAAGUAGCCGUAAAGCUCGUGAAGUAAUGCAGUUUAAUCGGCCCCCAAAAAAUUGUAGAGAAGCUUUCACUGCUGAAGGUGAUCAAGUAUUUGAAAGACGGUAUUACUCUUCUGAUUACCUCAGACCCAAGUUCCUCAGCAAAGAUGUUGAAGCAGAAAUAAGUCACUUGGAGAAAGAAAUUGAAAACAAAAAGGCACAGUUGACAGCAUCUCAGCAACGUUUACAUUCCAUUGAAAAUGAGAUUAGGCAGAAUGAAGCUCAUCUUCGUGGUCAUCGACAACACCAAAAAGAACUACAGAUAAAAGUAAGAACAACAAAUGCAGAAAUAGCGGAUCUUGAAAAUAUGGAAGAACAUCAGUCAGUGGACAUCCGUACCUUAGAAGAUGAAGCUGAAGAAAAUAAGGGUAAGAUGGAAUCGGUAAAAAAAGACAUGCAGCAACAAAGCAGAAAAAUGGAAGAACUGAAAAAUAUUCUUCAGAUAGCUGAAAAAAAAUUUGAAGAAAUGAAAGAAAAAAUUCAUCAAGUAGAAGAAAUUGCUGGUCCAAUUAAGGAUGAAUUAAACCAAGCUGACUCAGAAGUGGAAAACAGUAAACGCUGUUUGCAGCACUAUGAAGACAAACAGAAAGAACACUUGGCUUGCAUAAAAAGACAUAAAGAAUUACUAGCUGCCAAAGAAAAAGAAUUAGAGGAAAAAAUGGCACAAGCUAGGCAAAUCUACUCCGAGCGCAUAGAGGUCAGCAGAACUGUUAAGAGUCUUGAUGCAGAAAUGAAUCGCUUGAGAGAGAGGAUAAAUUCGGAAAAUGAUCGCCAUGGAAACAGAGAAGAAAUAGUACAGCAAUUUCAUGAUGCAAAGGAAAGAUAUGAGGAUGCAAACAGUAAAGUAAAGAAUUUAAAGAAAUUUAUUAGGCUACUGGAAGAAAUAAUGACACAGAGAUUCAAAAUAUAUCGGCAAUUCUUAAGGCUCCUUUCUUUACGAUGCAAACUCUACUUUGACCAUUUAUUACGUAUUCGAGCCUGCUCUGGAAAAAUACUUUUUGAUCACAAGAAUGAGACACUUUCAAUAACAGUUCAGCCUCGAGAGGAAGACAAAGCUGCCCUUAAUGACGUGAGAUCCUUAUCAGGAGGUGAACGUUCCUUCUCAACAGUUUGUUUCAUUCUUUCUCUGUGGUCCAUUACUGAAUCUCCUUUCAGAUGCUUGGAUGAAUUUGAUGUCUACAUGGACAUGGUUAACAGAAGAAUUGCAAUGGAUAUGAUUCUUAAAGUGGCUGACUCUCAGCAUCAUCGACAGUUCAUUUUGCUCACCCCACAAAGCAUGAGUUCUCUGCCUACGAGUUCCCGUAUUCGAAUCCUCCGAAUGCAAGACCCUGAAAGAGGCCAAAGAACAUUGAAUUUCCAAAAUAGGAAUGACAAAGAGGAAGAUCAAUAAGUAUCUCUGUGUAUGAAUGUGGCAUACUAUUGAUGAUAAAUGUGUAAGGAUGUGUGUAAAGUUAUUACUUCCUGAUGCUGGAUAAGAGGAUAUUUUGUUAGAUGCUCUCAGGAAAAUAAGAGGUUCCUGGUGGGGGUUUUGGGUUUUUUUUUUUGUGGGUUUUUUGUUUGUUUGUUUGUUUGUUUGUUUUUGUUAGGAAUUACUGUAUGUGUACAGACCAAGAAUAAGCAGAGUUUUGAUGAUGAGAAAAUCCUGAAUGUUCAGUUGAUAUUUUUACCUACCAACUAGUAGAAUUUUUUAUCAGUUGUUCUGUUUUUUCUUCUGGAAAAGAAGAAAUAUAUAUAUAUAUUGUGUAUAACUAUGGAGUAAUAUUUUAAUAAACAGUGAGAACUGAUACUUGUGGUAAUAUUUUAGUGUCUCUACACACUUAAAACUAGCAUUAAGUUAAAAAUGUAGUUCUUCCUAGCUCUGCUUUAUUUCUUAAAUGUGUGCUAAUUAAUACCUGCAGUAAAAUAUGUUUCAUUUUUUUUUCCAGUGGAACCACAGCAGCUGAACAUGAGAAACUAUUAGUACUUAAAGUGUAUACUUGCAUAAUUAGAGAAGUGAAAAAUUUAUUUGCAGUAUAUUCUCUGGGCAGGAAAAAAGUCUUUUUAUUUCUUCCUAAAGAAUUUAUAGGAAAGAGUGUGAGUUUCUUUGGACAUUAGCUUACAAAACCUAGCAAAUUGUGGCUUUUUAAACUUAGAUUUUUAAUUCCAAUAAACUAAAGUGACAGAAGUCCUUCCAAUAUAGAGGAAUGAAGUGGAAUAAGAAUUUUGGGAAAUAAUACAGUAACUUUUCUACAGCAUUGUAGGCCUGUGUUUUGUUGCAUGUCCCUGUCCCCUCCCCUUGUUCCCCCCCUGUCCCACACGGGACUAUACUACAGCAGUUAAAAUAAACUUGCUUUAUUUAAAUAAUAUAAGCAUUUAUUGGGGAUAAGAGGGAGAAAGAAGAAUCAGAUUUUUUAAACCACCCCAAAUUAACUUUUUUCUCUUGUGUUCUCCUUUCUCCAGGAACUUGAAAUUGUUGGGAGUGUGUCAAAACCAAUCACUUUUUAGAGUUCAGCCAUUAGACAUACUUUUUUCUUUUUUUUUUUUUUUUUUGACGUUAUGGGGAUACAAAAGCCAUUGAGACUAUUCAGAGAACAGUUCUGCAGUUUCUGCAGUUGUUUACCAAAUAGCAAUUCCUCAAUAAAACCUCAUUGCAGUGUAAGUUUUAACUCGACUUCAUAGCCGAAUUUGAUUUUAGCCGCUGCACGGUAUUUUGUGUUCUUUAAUAUUUAGUUUUUACGCAAGCAUGUAUUAAACUUGUCGGUAUCUCUAAAAUAUGGAAGCUAGAUAAGCAUUGAAGGAAAUACACUGAGAAAGCUAGCUGCAGUUGUAGUGCAUUCUAACUGUACGAAUUAAGUCUAGUGAUCUUUUAAAGGCUUCAGAUGUUUACUUCUGAAAGCCCAGGGUAAUGGGCCAACAGACUCAUAGCGGCCUCGAGGACAUUACUGACAAAACAGGGCCAGGCUUUUUGUUGAAGUGCGUGGCAGAAGAGAGGCAGAGAGUGGUCAUAAAUUGAAGUGGGGAGGUUCUGGCUGGAUAAACCAGAGGGAGGAGGGAUUGUUCAGGAUGAAGAUACGAGGCAUUUGAGCUUGUUGUCCUGACAGGCUGUAGAAUCUCCAUCCUUGGAGGCUUCUGGGGUCUGAAUAGACUGCUGCACCUCCUUCAAGCAGGGAGUUGGACAAGAGACCUCUGGAGGUCCCUACCAAACUAAACAGUUCCAUAAUCCUGUGAUUUGAUGGAAUAUAUAUUAAAGAUACUUACAAUUUUAGGAUUAUGUGAAAAUACUGGGGGGGGAACCAUACAAAGUGCAUACUUGGCAAAACUUGUCUGGAACAUAAGCCCAGUUUGUUUGUACUGGGAGUCCUCGAUACUAUUACAUGAUCAUGAACCACAUGUUUAGUUUGACUCGAUUUUAUGAUGAAAAUAGAAUAUGUUUCAGACCCUUUCACAAUAUGAAAUGAUAGAAUGGCAUAGCGUUAUUUCCUCCUGAUUUUCUUCAGCAUCCAAAAAAUAAAGCAAGAGUGCAGAGGCAGGAGAGAAAAGCAUUUGUCUUCAUUAGUACUUUCAUAAUGAGUUGUGUGGAGAAAAGAGCUUAAGGAAAGUUACCACAUUCCUACUGAGCUAACACUUCAGCUUUCUCCCAAGUUUUCUAUAGACUUACUUGAAAUAUUAGAGCAGUUGGUGACAAUUGUGGUCUUUAGUUCAAAUCAAUAUAUUGUAUUUAUUCUAAUCUACCACUGUACUUGAUGAAAAUGUGUGCCUGACUGUACAAUUAUUAUAAGCAACUGUUUUCAUGGUAGAGGAUUAGUUCUGAAUAAACAAUUA